CCCGGAAAUCCUGUGUGCAUAGAAAUACUAUAAAUGUAGGCAACGUCAUCAAACAUUUUUGAAUAAAUCUUGAGAAUGUGAAUUCCAUUUCUGUUCACUGCUCGGUGCUUACUUUCCGAUCUCAGAAUGAAAGAAUAGGGAAUUAAUUUUUAUUUGGAGUAUUGGUAGUAAUGCUUCUUGGGAAGGUCGCAGUGAAAGUCGCGGACAUAUGAAGGACGUUAUGCGACAGACGUUGAUGAGCGAAUACUAUUCUAUUAACAUCUGUGUUCAAGUGGUUACUUAGUGACCUGAAGGAAGUAGUGUAUUAACAUAGUUAAUAUGUUGCGAACGACUCUUAUACGAUGUGAUUUUAUGAAAGGGACUGCAAGGCAGGUGGUGAGAAGUAAUGUUGUGCGAUGUAUGAGUGUUGAAUGUGCACAUAAAAGACAUAUUUUUAGAUAUGGCAAUCAGUCACUUGGUAACAGACGGGUUCUUCUUUUAUGGAGGAAUCCAGAAUUGUGUGUUCGAUAUUAUAGUGAUUAUCCAAAGCACACUAAAGUAAAUUUACCUGCUCUCUCUCCUACAAUGGAGACAGGAAGUAUAGUUAGCUGGGAAAAGAAAGAAGGAGACAAGUUAAAUGAAGGUGAUUUAUUGGCUGAAAUUGAAACUGACAAAGCAACAAUGGGGUUUGAAACUCCUGAGGAAGGAUAUUUAGCUAAAAUUCUUGUUCCUGGAGGAACCAAAGAUGUCCGUGUAGGCAAGCUGGUCUGCAUUAUUGUGGAAUCAGCAGACCAAGUCGCUGCUUUCAAGGAUUUUGUAGACACUGCUGAACCAGAUGCACCUCCUAAACCUGCUGCACCUUCAGCACCUGCUCCUGCUGCUGCUGCGGCACCUGCAGCAGCUCCUGCAGCUGUUGCUGCUCCUGCUGCACCCCUACCCCCAGGAGCUCGGGUUUAUGCCAGUCCUCUUGCGCUCCGAUUGGCAGCAGAGAAGGGUGUGUCCCUUCAGGCUAUUGGGAAAGGGACAGGUCUUUAUGGUUCAAUCACAUCCAAAGACGUAGCUGCUGCCCCAGCUGGGAUGGCUGUUGGAGCAGCUCCAGGUGCACCAGCAGGAGCAAUUCCAGGUGCUGCUUACACUGACCAUCCCGUUUCCAAUAUGCGAGCAGUGAUAGCUAAAAGAUUGCUCCAAUCAAAGCAGACAAUACCCCAUUAUUACCUUCAAAUGGAUGUAAAAAUGGAUGAAAUAAUGAAACUGCGUAAAUCUAUGAAUUCACUUUUAGAGAAGCAAAAAGUGAAGUUAAGCGUUAAUGACUUUAUCAUAAAAGCUGCAUCACUUGCAUGUAAAAAAGUUCCUGAGGCUAAUUCUUCUUGGCUUGACACUGUGAUAAGACAAUACAGUUCUGUUGAUAUGAGCAUUGCUGUAGCCACUGACAAGGGGCUGAUCACUCCCAUUGUGUUUGAAGCUGAUAAGAAGGGACUGGCUACAAUUAGUCAGGAAGUGAAAUCAUUAGCAGCUCGGGCUCGUGAAGGCAAGCUACAACCUCACGAAUUUCAGGGAGGGACAUUUUCUAUUUCCAAUCUUGGAAUGUUUGGAAUUACUAGUUUCUCUGCCAUAAUCAAUCCUCCUCAGGCAUGUAUACUUGCAGUUGGAGGCACAACUACUCGUCUUAUUCCAUCCAAAGACCCAGAGAAAGGGUACCAGCCAGCACAGUUCCUGACAGUGUCGUUAAGUUGUGAUCACAGAGUGGUAGAUGGUGCCGUGGGAGCUCAGUGGUUACAGGCCUUCCAACAACUAAUGGAGAAACCUGAGACGAUGCUUCUGUGAAAUUAUUAUGACUGUAGAUGCUCAUAAAUUAGCCAUAACCAAUGGCUGGCUGCACAGACUUGUGUAUAUUAUACUCAGUAGUGACAGAGUGAUCAACGUGAUGUGUUUUAUACAUAUGUACAGCAAAGAUAGUCUUGUGUCACAUUUUACCAUGCUCAUUUCCUUACCCCUUCUUUUGGUCUCUCUCGGCCUUUUCUCUAAGUGAUAUCAGAAUAGUUAACAAUAUUCGGAAAAUCAUUGUUAUUUAAAUUUAUAUGAAAUUUUUUCUUUGAUAAGAAAGAAUCUGUCCCAGGGCAUAUUGAAAUUGUGAUUACUUUAUGCCUAAUCAUUUUCAGCUAGUCCAAUCAUCAUUACAUCAUUAGGUUCUGAAUCAGUUCUGAAAAAAUGAAUUAUAUAUUUUAGUGAUUCUAUUAAUGUAUUAUUGAGUGUUUUCUUGAAAUAAAGAGAAUGAGGAUAAAUGUAUUAAACAGUCCUGCUACAUUCUUGUCUCUGAUUUAGUUUGUUGUAUAUUUGUAAAAAUUAAUCUAUUUACUGUUUAAUCAGUAUGUUGUAAAGAUUUUAAAUCUGUAAAAUAUAUAUGAAAGUAUAGGGACUUGGAUGUAGUACACUGUAUUUAUUAAAUAAUUUUGAUCAUAAAUUUCUGUUUUUUUCUGCAUCAUCUUAUUCAGUUUUAAGCCUUGUCAUUUAUACCAUACAAAAUAUACCAUUAAUCAAUGUAACAGUAAUUAUGUAGCCUUGGGGGCGGGGGGAUGAUUUGCUGUGAGGAGAAUGUACGUCCUAACGUAGUGUAAUCUAUGUCGUUUCAAGUUCAUUUCAUCUCUCUUGGAUUUUCAUAUAACAUAAAUUCAAAAUUCAACCCAGAAAAAGUUGUUUAGUUAUUUUAUUUUGCAGGCUAUGAAAUUAUCAUUUAUUUUAAAAAUGUUUUCAUGUCUAAAAAAACACUAAAAAUGUUUCAGUGAAACCUAUUCAAAAAGUAAACUAUUUUUCAUUCAUUCUUCUGUGUACUUUGAAAUAUUUUAACAUCUUCUCACACAUAGUAUUUGCUGAGUUCCAAUUGAUGACAAGGUGCUUAGUAUUUUCUUGCCUUAAGGAGAUACUUCUUAAAAAGAGAAAGUUAAGUAAAGCGGCGAAAUUUCGGCAGAAAAACAUAUUACCGAAACGAAAAAAUAAAUAAAUCCAGUGAUAAAUUGAGAGAAAAAAAUUCUUCUAACAUGCGGUGUAGCCAGAUCCUGUGUUUUGUGGGGCUUUGAUACAUAAAAAUCGAUUGACUGCCAAACAACCGUUUGUCUGUGAACAAAGCAAGUGGCUAAAUCAUUCAGACGAUUUUCUCCUAAAUUGAUAUUCCUCAAUUGAUCUGGCUGAUGUUGCGGCCCCUUAUUUGAAACCGAUAUGUUAAGUUUG